AUGAAUGUUAUUAAUGAAUUGAAUGUGUUGCCAAAUGAAAAAGAUUUCAGUUAUGUAUAUGUUCGUGCAAUCUACAAAGAUGUCAACUUUUCUUUUUGCCUUCAUCAUCACAAAUGGUUGUUAAGCGAAAAUGAAAAAGACCAUUCUUCAUACAAAGAUAAUCGAAAAAUUCACCAUAAUAAUUAUGUUAUCACUGAUGAAGACCGUACUUUAAUUGCUUUAUUCAAAAAAGCGAAUAACAAAUCACACGAAAUAUUUUUAUAUUCAAAAGCCAACCCAACCAUUAAAAUUAACAAACAUGAUCUUUAUGAAAGUUUCUUUAAUGGUCCUGCUAAGAUGCAAAAAUACAAAACAAAAUUUGAUGUUUUUGAUCAAAAACACGGAAAAGAAAAAAUGAACCAAGUCACUACUAUAAAAGACCAAUAUGUAUCUACUGUUGUUUCUGAUCAAACGAAAAUAUCUAUUGAAUCGGAUACAGAAACUAUUAGUUCUACAAAUACACCUAUACCAUCGACAAAUUUAAAUGAUAUUAAUAAAAAUGACACUUUGAAUAACGAAAGUGAUGAGAGUGAAAUUGACCAAUUGUUGAUGGAUGAAAUUUUGAGUGCUGAAAGAUUCUUUGAAGAACAUGAAAAACAGGUGCAGAUUAGUACUGAUAAUAACGAUGAUGAUGUUGAAGAUGAACUAUUAAAUGCACAUGAAAUGUUCAAAUAUGUACCAGAAAACACUAAAAAUCAAUUAUUGGAAGAGUUAUACACCUUUGAAGACGGAGCGUUUCUUGUAUACGAUAGAAUCGAUUAUAAAGAAAUUGAUAUAGAUGCAGUUUCAGAAUCAAUUAGAAGAUUUUCUUAUGAUCAUGACAACAAUUUUGUAAUAGAAAGAUAUAUUGUUGCACUUGAUUAUUUAUUUAGAAGAACGUGUAAUAUCACUAAUAUUAAAACACUUAAAUCUGUCAAAGUUAUGCAAAGAAAAGUAUGUGAUUAUGUUAUGAAUGGGGAGAUUGUUAAAGCUCGCCUGAGUGCUGAACAAAUUCGAGCAUUAAAACGAUGUACAUUGGUAAGUCACGCAACACUGAGUAGAGAUUCACUCGAAAAAGCUAAAACGUUGGCAUUAAGCUCGAGAACUGUUAACGCACAAAUAUUCAAAGCCAAUGAAAUAAAGAAAGAAAAACUUAAGGCCGAAAGUAGUGAAUAUAAAUGUUUAGCAAUUUCCAUUGACUCAACUACGAAAAAUGAUCAAGAAAUAUUCUGUGUGAUGUUAAGAUUGGUCAAAGGAAGAAAGUGUU